UGGCAGUGUAAUGAGAGUGCUCGCCCUGGCAAUCAGUCCCUCCUGCAGUUCCACUUGUCAGCAGAAUCCCCUUUUUUUAUUAUGGAAUUGGAGAGAACUCUCAAGACGCAUUCUUGAACUCCGUGCUCCAAGCAACAAAACACGCUCAUUUCCUCACCGCAUUGUGUUAUCAGCAGUUCAGUCGUGCACAACAACAAGCGCUGUCUAGCUAGCAAAACAGGAUCAGCGGCCAUGGCUCUCCGUCUCAGCGACAUCCAUCCACCCACACCAUCAAGCGCGGAUAGCUUUAGCAUCCGUCGCCGCGGCGUGACGCACAAAACGCCGCCGCAUUUCCCCUCCGCCGCGGCGGCCGCUGACGGCCCUUCGGAAGGCUCUCACCGCCAAUGUCACUACGCCGCUCUUGGUAGCGCAACGCUCGCAGCCCAACUCGGAGUCAAGAGCCAUCGCGGCUCGCGGAAAUGCAAUGUCUCCGCGUUGGAAACUCCGCCUCUUACAAGCGUUCUCGGGAAGCGUUGCGCGGCGGCUCUCGCGGGGACUCAGAGCAGCGCAACGACGGACCUGGAGUUGCCGGAGUCGAAGCGACGAGAUUGCGACAGAUCCCUGCGACAUAUUCUGGAAGAGUCGUCUCCCCCGGCGGGGAUGGACAUGUUCGAGGAGCUUGGACGGAUGAAAUCGCUCCAGAAAACUACCGCUCAAAGCGGCUCCCGGCCGAGGUCGCCGCCUGCGACGUCACUUACCUCUUCCGCCGCUCUCCAACAAGCCGCUUCCGCCGCCGCCGCGUCCCAAGGCCGUUUGCUCCGAUACAAGGCUCUGGCGGAAUGCCCACCGGCGCGGAGUGCGGCGGCGGCUGCGGCGUCGUCAUCGAUGUCGCGGGGUAUGGCGGCCCGGCACGCUGCUAAGGAAUGUCCGACAACGAUCUGCGGACUGCUUCGGAACAUCAAGCAGAAGAAGCGCGCCGCCGUGUCAUCGCCGCGGCCGUCCUACGUGGCCUCACCGCCGCAAUACGUGGCGUCAUCUCCACGUAUCGUGACGUCAUUCCACGACGGCCGUCACGUGAGCGCGACGACGCAGCGACAUCCCGUGGCUAUGGAAACCGACAUCGCGGCGACCUUCAAGACCAACCUCUGCCCCGCUUUAAGUUGCGCGUCGGCGGCUUCUAUCCGACGCGCCAUUUCCCCUCGCGACGGCAUUUCGGCGCCGCGACACGUCACAACCUCGCAAUACGCAUUUCCACCUGCCCAAGCUUGUGAAGCGGACGCACGGCUAAUUCGAACGGCGGCGCGACAUCAGGAGAAAGGGAACGACGGAAACAUAUGGGUUGAUGAAAUGGCGGCCUUUUCUUCAAACCCUCAACUGUUUUCGACAAACCCUAAUCUCCUCCCACGCAUUCCUGCUGCUUCACCGCCACCUUACGAAAAUGCUCGUUUCUCUGCGACAGUUGCGAUGGUACCGCACGAGGUUUCGCGCAGCCUACUUCUGCCAGCUCGACUUUCGGCAAUGCCGCUGUCGCUCGCUCCGUUCUCGACAGCUCGGAUUUCGCAGGCUCAACCUUCGCAAGUUCAACUUUCGCAAAAUGAGGCUUCGCCAACUUUCGCGCUUGCUCCAGCAGCUGUUUCAGAAAUCGCAUCUGCGCCGAAGCCUUCCGCUGCGCCUGCCCCUCGACUAGUAGCGCCUACCGCCGCGUUCGUUGCUCCGCCCACCGCCGCGAGCUCAGCUGCAGCCCCUACUGCACCUCCGCGCAAGGGCGAUGAGGAUGUGGAUAAUAUUCAGGGUAAAUACCCUUGCGAAAAAACUACACUCAAGGGAAAAGAGCCAUCAUGGAAUGAUUUGGUGACACUUUUGGACCUGAAUGAGGGCCAACUGAUGGCUGAAAAUGAAGGCGCUGACGCCAGCCAGACAGACGAUGACGCCAGCACCAAGGAAAUAAGCAGCAGUCAUCUUAGUUGCUAUGGUAGCAGCCAAGCUGACACGAGUGUGGAGGAUGGGGAUGUCAAUAACGAGGAUGGCGUGAACGGGCAUUUCAGCUUGGAGCUGCUUGGUGGGCUGUUUGCAAUGGAGGAGGGGACUAAAGAGAAGGCAAUGCAGGACACAGGGUUAGACGGGAUAUGCAUGGAGAUUCAGAUGGAGGGUCAGAUGGAGGGUCAGAUGGAGGCACUAAUGACCCACGGCAACAACGGCGACAAUGACAACACAGCACCACCCAUCACCACCCCUAAUGCCGCCUCCUCCGUUCCACGUCCCCAUGCUUCUCCCUCUGCCUUUGUUGACAACGCACCAGCCACAUGUGCCACGUCAGCGUCCAUCUUUCUCCCCACUCCCAUGGAACCCACUGCCCCCAACCGCCAUCUGGUUAUACGGCUACCACAUCUGGUGCUCCCACCCCCUGGCCCUGGAAGCAGCAACAAUGAUUGGAGUGAUGAUUGCAACGACGACACCAGUGAUGCUGCUGAUGCUGCUGAUGCUGGUGAUGCUGCUGCUGGUGGUGAUGCUUCUCCUUCCCCCCAUGCCUCCGCACACUCCCCCGGCCUCCCAAGCACACCGCCACGGCAAGACACAGGGUUCCCUUCCAGCGGGACGGACUCCGAAGAGCAGUGGCGGAUAGCAGCACAAGGGGAGACCUGGCCGCAAGGGCAAGCACGGCCACAGGUGGAUGCGCCGUCGCUAAGGCAGAGCGGUGCAGCACUCAUGCCGCCUGCAGGUGCUGGUGGUGGUGGUGGUGGUGGUGGUGACUGCUACUCCAUUCCUGUGAAGGAGGAAGAUGCAGAGGCGUUUCCCGAUGCCUCUUUUGGUUUAAAAAAACACGAGGAUGCAGAUGAAAACGCCAAGUGGGAGAGCUCUACAAGCAAGUGCACGGACAGGGGCAUGAGCCUGGGGAUGAGCAGCAGAAACACCGACAGUUACGGGCAGUCACCACGCGGGUGUGGAGGAGGGAUUCCAGCUGAUGGCGCUUCAAAGAAGAACAAAAGGCGGGAAUCCAAUAGAGCAUCGGCCAAGCGCAUCCGAAUGAGGCAGCAGGAGCACCUGCAGAAGCUGGAAGUCGAGACGCGUGAUUUAGCGGCAGUCUGCAGGUCACUGGGAGCACAGCUGGCAGCGGCAAGCAGAAAGAUGGAGGCAUUGAAGGAGCAAAACGAGGCCAUGGUCGGGGAGAAGCACAGGCUGCUGAGACUGCUGAGGGGAGAAGCAGCAGUUUGAGCCGUCUCAAAAUGAACAAGGCGCUGCAAGCACAGCUGGCAGAGGCAAGUAGAGGGGUGGGGGUUAUGAGAGAGCGGGGAUCGAGGGUCUGGUGGGGAGAGGCAAAAGCUGCUGAGACUGCCCGCGGAAGGGGAAGCAGUUUGAGGCUUUUGAUACUCUAGGCAAGGCGUUGCGAGCACAGCUGGCAGAGGCGAGCAGAGAGGCAGGGGUUCUGAGGGAACAGAACAAGGAUCUGGUAAGGGAGAAGCAACGACCGACCGCUGAGACUGUUGAGUUGUGAAGAAGCAAUUUGGGACUUAUAAGAAUAAGGGGCUGCGAGCACAGCUGGCAGAGGCGAGCAGAGAGGCAGGGGUUCUGAGGGAACAGAACAAGGAUCUGGUAAGGGAGAAGCAACGACCGCCCGCUGAGACUGUUGAGUUGUGAAGAAGCAAUUUGGGACUUAUAAGAAUAAGGGGCUGCGAGCACAGCUGGCAGAGGCGAGCAGAGAGAAGGACAUUUGGAAGGAGUGGGAGGGGGGUUCUGGGAGGGGAGAAGAGAAGCCAAGAGUGCUGCUGCUGCUGCUGCUGGGCGACAAGGCAGCAGUUUGAGAUUUGAAGGAUAAGCAAGGCAGGAGCUGAGAGCAAAGCUGGCAGAGGAGGCAAGCAGAGAGGUGGGGGUUCUGCGGGAGCGGAACGAAUGCUCCUCCCACCAGCACACCAGAGCCGUGGGGUUUCUGUUCUGAGGGAGCGGAACGAGGCUCUCUGGUAAAGGAGAGGCAACGACUGCUGAGACUGCUGAAACUGCUCGUGGAAGGGGCAGCAGUUUGGGCGGAAGGGGCAACAGUUUGAGCGGAAGGAGAAGCAGCGGAGAAGAACGGAAGCACAGGGCAGCAGCAGCUGCUGGGACUCAGUGGGAAGGAAGGAGAGGCACAAGGAGAGUGCCAAGGGAGGGAGGGAGGGAGAAGAAGGGGCUGCAUGGAUUCCCUGGGAGGUUUUAUUCAGGCACUUAAGCGAUGAGGUGCUCCUGGUAACAGUGACAGAAGAGCACUACAGUAGUGCUACGAUGAUUUUGCUUGGUUUUCCAAUGAGUGACUAGUGCUAGAGCAGGUUAGGGCAGUGAUCGGGCAGUGAUAAGCAGUGCUAGAGCAAUGCUCGAGCCCUGAUAGGUUGCUCCCCGUGCUGGGGAGAAGAUUCCAGGCCAGGUUAGUUGAUGACACAAGCUGACCUUCGGGAGAGAGCUACUGGUCUAAGAUGGUAGCCGUUGGGAAAUAAAGCUGUGUGUGGGUAGAGGAGGAUACACCCUGGAGGUUGCUCCCCGUGCUGGGGAGAAGAUUCCAGACCAGGCUAUAGUGGCCUUGACGACGAGCUGAGAUGGUAGCUGUUGGGAAAUAAAGCUGUGCGUGGGUUGAGAAUACACUAGUGGUUGUGUA